GGGGUCCUUGGAACCUCUCUCGUCUUCACCGCGCAUGCCAAUUGACACGUGCGUUGGGUGCAUGUUGCAAGUAAACUAGCGCCUUAGCAAUAUCUGGAAUAUUAACAGAAAGCAUUUCGGCAUCGUACAUCAAACUUAGAAUAGAUGGGUGGUGUACAAAAGAAAAAGUACGAGAGUGGAUCUUCCACCAACUACAUAACAAGAAACAAAGCUCGUAAGAAGCUACGAUUGAGUCUUCCUGACUUCAGGAGAUUAUGCAUUCUCAAAGGAAUCUACCCCCGUGAGCCCAGGCAUAAAAAGAAGGUUAACAAGGGCUCUACAGCUCCAAGGACCUUCUAUCUGCUUAAAGAUAUCCGUUUUCUCCUUCAUGAACCAGUCGUUCACAAAUUCAGGGAAUACAAGAUAUUUGUACGUAAACUCAAAAGAGCAUAUGGAAAGACAGAGUAUUCUGCAGUGGAGAGACUCAGAGCGAACAAACCAACCUACAAGUUGGACCACAUUGUCAAAGAAAGAUACCCUUCCUUUAUUGAUGCGCUGCGUGACAUUGAAGACCCUCUCUGCAUGUGCUUCCUGUUCUCCACAUUUGCACGAACAGGAAAAUGUCACGUGCAGACCAUUCAGCUGUGCCGACGUCUAACUGUGGAGUGGAUGAACUACGUGGUUGCUUCUCGUGCGCUCAGAAAGGUGUUCAUCUCAAUCAAGGGGAUAUAUUAUCAGGCUGAAGUGAUGGGGCAGGUCAUUACAUGGUUGGUGCCGUAUCAGUUUGCCCAUGAUCACCCCACUGAUGUUGACUACAGAGUGAUGGCAACCUUCACCGAGUUCUAUACCACUUUGUUGGGCUUUGUCAAUUUCAGACUCUACCAUUCCCUCAACCUGGUUUACCCACCAAAGCUGGACUGCACAGCUGACCUGAACCUGAAGCCAGAGGAUGAGGAGGACUAUGCCAUGAAUUCAGAAAGCUACUUGGAGAAACUAUCAGCCCUCAGUUCCAGUCUCUCUCGGGUUGUGUCACCUGUGGGUGAGGAUGAGGCUGAAGUGGACCAGUUUCCUGCCGAUGGGGAGGACCUGGAAAAGCUGCAAGAAAGAGAAAAGGAACAGAAAUUGCAGGAAGCUCAGAAAAAACUCUUUGAAGGUCUGAAAUUCUUCCUGAACAGAGAGGUUCCGAGAGAGUCGCUGGCCUUUGUCAUCAGGUGCUUCGGGGGUCUUGUGUCCUGGGACAAGUCUGUUUGCAUCGGCAGCACGUAUGAGGCGACAGAUGAGAGCAUCACUCAUCAAAUCGUAGACAGGCCAAGCGUCGACAAACAGUACAUUAACAGGUACUACGUCCAGCCCCAGUGGGUCUACGACUGCAUCAAUGCCAAAAUACUCUUGCCAGUUGAGGACUACUUUAUCGGAGUCACUCUGCCCCCUCACCUCUCCCCCUUCGUCGAGGAGAAAGAGGGAGACUACAUACCGCCAGAGAAACUCAAGAUCAUGGCCCUUCAGCGUGGAGAGAAGCCUGUACAAGAAGCAGAAGAAGAUGAAGAAGAGGAAGAUGAGGGUGAGGAUGUCGAGGAGGAUGAUGAUGACGACGCUGAGGAAGAAGAUGAGGAGGAGGAUGAAGAGGACCAGGAUGACGAGAAAAAUCUCAAACAGAUGGAGGAGCAAAGAUCGCGGGGCAAAUCACUUCAGGUCAAAGUGACGCCCGGAAAAAUGAAGGUGGAUAAUCCAGCACGCCUGGAGCAGGAGGAGAAGGCUGAGGAAAAGCGCCUGGCCAUUAUGAUGAUGAAGAAAAAGGAGAAAUACCUUUACGAUAAGAUAAUGUUUGGGAAGAAAAGAAAAGUCAGAGAGGCAAACAAGUUGGCUGCAAAAAGGAAAGCUUUUGAUGAUGCUGAGAAGGCCAAGAAAAAGUCCAAAAAAUAGUCAAACCCACCGUGUUCUUUCUGGACAGACUCUUCUAUUUAUGGAGCAGUUGCGUGAUUGGUUGGACUGAGAAACUCCAGACAAGUUCUGUGGAGUCAUGACAGCGCAACAUCUGUAUGACUUAUAUCUAUGCUGUGACCAGGAGUGUAAUUGUUAAGUGUCUCUUGUUUCCUUCAAUACUUGUUAGGAUGUUUUGAAUCAUAAAUAAGCAUUUUACUAAUAAAAAC